AAGUUUCCUCAGCAAACUGAAAGCUCUGAGGACAAAUACAUCUGAAUUUGCUUACCAAUGUGCAGUGUCUGGGACCUAGUAGGUGCUCAGUAAAUGUUUGUUGAGUUUAAGAAUCAAAUAUAGUAGUUCUCAACCUUUUUAAUCCGCCUCAGCAUGCCUGUGGAUGUGACCUGCUUUCAUCUGAACCAUUAUUGACUGCUCUGCUUCUUUCCUGAAGGAGGGGAGGUCAGGUGGCGUGGAAUAAGGAGGUGGCCAAGUUGGAGAAGCACUUGAUGCUUCUCCGACAGGAGUAUGUCAAGCUGCAGAAGAAACUGGCAGAGACGGAGAAGAGAUGCACUCUCUUGGCUGCGCAGGCAAACAAGGAGAACAGCAAUGAGUCCUUCAUCAGCCGCCUGCUGACCAUCGUGGCUGACCUGUAUGAGCAGGAGCAGUAUAGCGACCUGAAGAUAAAGGUUGGAGGCCAGCACAUCCACGCACACAAGUUUGUCCUGGCAGCCCGCAGUGAUAGCUGGAGUCUGGCUGCUUUGUCUUCCACCGAGGAGCUGGACCUUUCAGAUGCUAACCCUGAGGUGACCAGGACGAUGCUUCGCUGGAUCUACACAGAUGAACUGGAGUUCAGAGAAGAUGACGUAUUCCUGACUGAGCUGAUGAAGCUGGCUAAUCGGUUUCAGCUCCAGCUCCUCAGGGAGAGAUGUGAGAAGAGUGUUAUGUCUCUGGUGAACGUCAGGAACUGUAUUCGCUUCUAUCAGACCGCAGAGGAACUGAGUGCCAGCACUCUCAUGAACUAUUGUGCAGAAAUUAUUGCCAGUCACUGGGAUGACCUGCGCAAGGAGGACUUCAGUAGCAUGAGUGCUCAGCUGUUGUACAAAAUGAUCAAGUCCAAGACUGAGUACCCAUUACAUAAGGCGAUCAAAGUAGAGAGAGAGGAUGUGGUCUUCCUCUAUCUAAUUGAGAUGGACUCACAGCUCCCUGGGAAGCUGAAUGAAGUGGACCAUAAUGGAGACCUUGCUUUAGAUCUAGCCCUGUCACGACGACUAGAGAGUAUUGCCACCACGCUGGUUAGCCACAAGGCUGAUGUGGACAUGGUAGACAAGAAUGGCUGGAGCUUACUCCAUAAAGGAAUCCAAAGAGGAGAUCUCUUUGCUGCCACCUUCCUCAUUAAGAAUGGGGCACUUGUCAAUGCUGCUACAUUGGGUGCCCAGGAGACACCAUUGCACCUUGUGGCAUUGUACAGUUCGAAGAAACACUCAGCAGAUGUGAUGUCUGAGAUGGCACAGAUCGCAGAGGCUCUUCUGCAGGCCGGCGCCAAUCCCAACAUGCAGGACAGCAAGGGCAGGACUCCCUUACACCUGUGCAUCAUGGCCAGGAAUGAAUAUGUGUUCAGUCAAUUGCUGCAGUGCAAACGGCUAGAUUUAGAGUUGAAAGACCACGAGGGUAGCACUGCUCUGUGGCUUGCAGUGCAGUAUGUCACCAUGUCUCCUGACCACUCAGUGAACCCCUUUGAAGACCUCCCGGUGGUGAACGGGACUUCAUUUGAUGAAAACAGCUUUGCAGCCAGACUUAUCCAGCGGGGCAGCAACACCAAUGCCCCUGACACCGUAACAGGGAAUUGCCUACUGCAGCGGGCAGCUGAGGCGGGGAACGAGGCAGCUGCUCUUUUCCUGGCAACCAGCGGUGCCCACGUCAAUCACAGGAACAAGUGGGGAGAAACCCCGUUGCACACAGCCUGUCGGCACGGCCUGGCCAACCUCAGUGCAGAGCUCCUGCAGCAAGGCGCCAACCCGAACCUGCAGACCGAGGAGGCCCCGCCUUUGCCACGGGAGGCCGUAUCCUCUGCCAGCUCAGUGGAUGGUGUCUACCUACAGACGCCGCUGCACAUGGCCAUCGCCUAUGAUCACCCAGAUGUGGUGUCUGUCAUCUUGGAGCAGAAAGCUAAUGCUCUUCAUGCCACCAACAACUUGCAAAUCAUUCCGGACUUCAGCCUCAAGGACUCCCGAGAUCAGACCGUGCUGGGCCUGGCAUUAUGGACUGGCAUGCACACAAUCGCAGCACAGCUGCUGGGCUCUGGGGCUUGCAUCAACGACACCAUGUCGGACGGGCAGACCCUGCUGCACAUGGCCAUGCAGCGGCAGGACAGCAAGAGCGCGCUCUUCCUCCUGGAGCACCAGGCAGAUAUCAAUGUGAGGACUCAGGAUGGGGAGACAGCUCUUCAGCUGGCCAUCAGGAACCAGCUUCCGCUCGUAGUAGAUGCCAUAUGCACCCGAGGAGCAGACAUGUCUGUGCCGGAUGAGAAGGGGAACCCCCCGCUGUGGCUCGCCUUGGCAAACAACCUGGAGGACAUUGCAUCCACCCUGGUCCGACAUGGUUGUGAUGCCACGUUCUGGGGCCCAGGGCCCAGUGGGUGUCUGCAGACGCUCCUGCACAGGGCCAUUGAUGAAAACAAUGAGUCUACCGCCUGCUUUCUUAUUCGCAGUGGCUGCGACGUGAACAGUCCCAGGCAACCUGGUGCUAAUGGAGAAGGGGAGGAGGAGGCCAGAGAUGGGCAGACCCCCUUGCAUUUGGCAGCCUCCUGGGGGCUGGAAGAGACGGUACAGUGUCUUCUGGAAUUUGGUGCCAAUGUCAACACGCAGGAUGCAGAAGGAAGAGCACCGGUCCACGUGGCCAUCAGCAACCAGCACAGCGUCAUCAUUCAGUUGUUGAUCUCCCACCCUGGAAUCCACUUGAGUGUCCGCGACAGACAGGGCCUGACCCCUUUUGCCUGUGCCAUGACAUACAAGAACAACCGAGCAGCGGAGGCCAUCCUCCAGCGGGAGUCUGGGGCUGCUGAGCAGGUGGAUAACAAGGGCCGAAAUUUCCUUCACGUGGCGGUUCAGAACUCUGAUAUCGAGAGUGUCCUGUUCCUGAUUAGCGUCCAGGCUAACGUGAAUUCCAGAGUCCAAGAUGCCUCCAAGCUGACCCCUUUGCACCUUGCCGUCCAGGCGGGCUCAGAGAUCAUUGUCCGCAACUUGCUUCUUGCAGGAGCCAAAGUGAACGAAUUAACCAAGCAUCGCCAAACCGCCCUCCAUCUCGCCGCCCAGCAGGACCUGCCCACCAUCUGCUCUGUCCUCCUGGAGAAUGCAGUGGACUUUGCUGCUCUGGAUGAGAAUGGAAAUAAUGCUCUUCAUCUUGCUGUCAUGCAUGGUCGGCUCAGCAACAUCAGGGUCCUCCUGACUGAGUGCACCGUGGACGCUGAGGCCUUCAACCUGCGAGGCCAGUCGCCGCUGCACAUCCUUGGACAGUAUGGCAAAGAGAACGCGGCCACCAUCUUCGAGCUGUUCCUGGAGUGCAUGCCUGAGUACCCUCUGGACAAACCGGAUGCAGAAGGAAACACAGUGCUGCUAUUGGCCUACAUGAAAGGGAACGCCAACUUGUGCCGCGCCGUCGUCCGCGCUGGGGCUCGCCUCGGGGUCAACAAUAACCAAGGAGUCAACAUUUUCAACUACCAGGUGGCCACCAAGCAGCUUCUGUUUAGAUUGUUAGAUAUGCUGUCCAAGGAGCCUCCGUGGUGCGACGGGUCUACCUGCUACGAGUGCGCCGCCAAGUUUGGAGUCACAACUCGCAAACAUCACUGCCGCCACUGUGGACGCCUCCUGUGCCAUAAAUGCUCAACCAAGGAGAUUCCUAUCAUAAAGUUUGAUCUCAACAAGCCUGUGCGCGUCUGCAACAUUUGCUUUGAUGUCCUGACUCUGGGGGGUGUCUCCUAGGGAGACCCCAGGCCAUACCCGCUCACCUCCCUGGCAGCUGCUCUGCUCACCAGCCUGACCACCCAGAGCAGGGCCUGGCCUUCUGGUCUUCCUGCAGAACAGACUGCACAAUGAAGGACCCAGCUGUCAUCGACCCCAUUUCGAGGAUUCUGUUGGGUUGUCCAUGUGUCCGUGAUCGAGGUCACUGGAUGACGCCGAGGACCAGGCCGAGUGGCCCCAGUGGCACCUGUCACAGGAAUUGUACCCCAUUCUGUUUGGAACAUACGAAGACACUCGGAAAACCAUUCCCUCCCAGUAGCUUAGUGUCCAUGUGGAGCACCCCUGCACCUCCUGCAUGGACAGUGGGCUGGCAGGGCCCCCACAGGGUAAGAGCUGCCGUCACUCUAGGGUAAGUGGCUCUGGACUUGCGUGCACAGUGUUUUCAUAAACAAUACAGGAUCCUCUUACCCGAAGUCUUUUUUUUAAACCUAAGCUGAUAUUUUUAGUGAGUUAUCCCUUUAAAAACGGUGAAAUCUUUCUAAACAGGGUUCAAAGAUGAGAGCUGAAAAAUCGUGGCCUUAACAACCGAAAGCUUUACCAGUACUCACGCUCUUGGGUGUUGGGAGCGUGGUCUCGUUCUCUCGUCUGGUCGUGUCCUGUCCGCUGAGGCCUUGGUCACGAGGUGUGCUGGCCGGGAUGCACUUUGAUCGCGCUGCACUUUUUAUGUAGCCGCGUUGUGGGUGAUUACAAUUUACAAAUCCAUGUUCAGAAAUAGCCUUGCACAUCCACGCAUUAGGGACUAACGAUCAGCGCUGAUCCGACCUUAGUGCACACAGAGUCUGUGGGAAACCGUCCUGCAGGCGUCCCUGUGACCAAGAGGGUGACCUGGGCCCCACAGCGGGGAUGGCGUCGCCCGGCCUCAGGCUGGCAGGUGCAGGUCCCCCCAGUCGUGCGCAGCCUGCCUGGAACACGCAGGCUCAUGGCGGAAUGUGGCUGCAGAGCUUCCUGGGCCUUCGUCACUGCUACUGCGUAUGCUCACCCUGUGGCACCAAACCUCUUCCGAAGGUUUGGCCAGUUUUUUACAAGUGUACAUUACAGAGAAACUCGUACCACUGCUUUAAGGAAAGAACUCUGAGACGAGCAUUUGCGUUGACGUGUGUUCUCAGAGCCUAACAAAGUCAACCAUGCAAACCUUUAACAACCACUACAUUCAUUGUUUUGCAUUAAUCGGUGUGGGUAUCUGUCAAGGGACUCAAUAUUUUUGUGCAACAGCCUGUUUUUAGGUUUUUUUUUUUCUGGGUAGCGGUGUGUCCCCUCUGUUGCCGUAGAUUUAUAAUCCUGCUGCUUAAAUGUGUGUAAGAUGAGCUGAUAAACCAGAGUGCUACUUUUUAAUAUUUCUGUGAUCUAUGAGAUAUAUAUGCUUUCUAUGUUAAUAUGAACUUGUGCACAGUGUUUAAAAGAAAAAUUAGAACUGUUCCCGUCCCCUAAAUCUGUGAUAUGUUUCUAUAGAAUUUUUAUAGAGAAAUGACCAGUCUUGGCGGUUGCCCAGGCAAGGCCUCUGGUGCCGAGCAGGGCCACAGGGAGGUAGUCGGGCUCUUCUUCAGUUGGAAAGGACAGUCAUUAUGUUCCAGAUGAGGUUCAAGGCAGCCAGUACUUUUGUACUUGCUCUUGUCACGUUUGUGGUGGAGAGCAGAGGAUGGCGGGUCAGUCGGGGACGAGGCUGAUUGUGCUGUCCACCUUGCCGUUACCGUUGUUAAGUAACAGUCAUGCCUCCCUGCCCUUCACGUCUAUGGUCCUGCUUCUGAUAGUCGAGUCCAGCUUCUGUUUCCUCAGAGUCCAGGCGGCUGUGGAGCCGAGUAGCCGCGGGGCGGGGAGCGCCUUAUGUGAGUUCUGUGCCAGCGUCAGGUGUGUCUGCAUACGUGCAUGCAGCAGGUUCUGUGGCCAUCGCCGUGGCCCCCAUCACUGCCCUGCUGGGACCUGACACUAGAGAACUGCCGCUGUUCUUGAGACAGGUGAAUCGUAGCUUGAGUCCAAGGAGCAGAAUCUCAGUUUGAUUCAAAGUUGCCAGUUGUGAGUCCAGUGGGAAGAAUGCCGCUGACGCCAAGUCUGUGCUCACUGCCUCCUGCUCAUCGCCAGGCUGACUGCACAGCGCGCUCCUGUGGCCUCUUCCACACACCCGUGCAUGUCAGGUGGCUGACCACCCCUGCUUCGAUCCUCUAAUGCGGGAAUUCCCACCCAACUUAAGUGCCUACACUAGGACUUUUUAGUUCUGAUUUUUAGUGCUGUCUCGUUGAGCAAUGUGUCAGACGGAGCGUUGCACGGGGCGUUUGCUGCCUGUGCGCCGCCCAUCCAGCCGCCACGUGGUCCAGGCCAGACUGGACCGCAUAGCUUGCUUGCCACCCACUCUCCAGAGUGGGGUCCCCGUGCCACUUACCGUCUACCUCAGCCCCAGGUCACUGUGGCCGCCCCCGCGUGGAGCCCUCUGCCCCCCGCCUAUCCCACUGACCUUAUCCUGAGCUGACCUUGUCUGCGGGCUGAAGUGCAGGGAGGCCUGGAGGACCAUGCAGUGCUUAGACCUCCGGGCACCCUGACCCCUGGACAGGAGCGCGCACAGCCGAGUGUGAUGCGGUCACGACAGCUGCUGAAGGAGCUCCUGACACGAGCGUCUGUCUGGAACUGGGAUGGCUGCCUCAGGACAAGCCCCGGCCCUAACCUGAGGCACCCCAGCGGUGGAGAGGAGGCGCAGGAAGCCACAGGCUCAGUGUAGUUUAAUGCGGGAACUCAGGAGGAGCCAGUGAGUAGCGCUUGAUGGGAUACAAACAACACUGAAGCCCUGGGAGCCGGCAGAGAUGCCUUAAGGACUCUUCGGAGGAACCAUCCCCGCUUGCGCAGUUCCCUUUGUGGCUAAGUGACAUGCUCACCUGUCACACACGACAGCAUUGCUUUUCUGUAGUGACGAGUCUCCAGGUGGCCCCUGGACAUCAAAACACAUCCUGUUUUGGCUGAGGUGUGCCGCUGGCUGUCCCCGUGACAGCUUUGUGAGUGGGGGAGGGCGGUGGUGAGGCAGGACUUGGAGGCCACAACUAGGACUACCCCUGGGCCCGCAGGAUGGGCAGCGGCCUCGUGGGUGGGCCCAGGACAUGGGGAGUCCAUGUCUGGAAUGUAUUUCUCCAUUUUCUGUAACAACUCCUUAUGAUACAAUGAGGUAACAUUGUGCACUUAAAGUGGAAACUUUAAUAAGACCUUUGUAGUUACUUUUUAACGCAGAAGCACCAAGACACAUUAAAAACAGAUUUUUAACUCCUGA